AGUUUGGUGCCCUGAGAGUUGUCAAGGUUUUGGUUGUGGAGUAUCCGAAAGGGGAGCAAGGGCGGCUACGGUUGUACAAUGCCGAAUAAAACGAAAAAGGACAAGGAGUCCCCUAAGUCAGGCAAAGUGGGCAAGAGUGGAGGACAGGAGAAUUCAGAGCAUGAGCAGAGCUCGAACAGGAAGGCCAGCAACAGUGCUCCUCCCACCACUCAGCUGCUGAAGGGGAAGCAGCCAGGUUCGCAGACACCUGUCAAAAAGGACAAGAGGCAGAGCUCCUCUCGUUUCAGCUUGAGCAACAACAGGGAGCUGCAGAAGCUGCCUGCUUUUAAAGAUGUUCCCCCCGCAGAGCAGGAGAAGCUGUUCAUCCAGAAGUUGCGGCAGUGCUGCGUCCUCUUCGAUUUUGUCUCGGACCCACUGAGUGACCUGAAAUGGAAGGAGGUGAAACGGGCGGCGCUAAGCGAGAUGGUGGAGUACAUCACCCACAACAGGAACGUAAUCACCGAACCCAUCUACCCAGAGGUGGUUCAUGUGUUUUCUGUGAAUAUGUUCAGGACAUUGCCGCCAUCAUCUAACCCCACGGGUGCUGAGUUUGACCCAGAAGAAGAUGAGCCCACGCUAGAGGCUGCAUGGCCACAUCUACAGCUCGUCUAUGAAUUCUUCCUACGGUUCUUAGAGUCACCUGACUUUCAACCAAACAUAGCCAAAAAGUAUAUUGACCAGAAGUUUGUAAUGCAGCUGUUAGACCUGUUCGACAGUGAAGACCCCAGGGAAAGAGAUUUUUUAAAGACCACUCUUCAUCGCAUCUAUGGCAAGUUCCUGGGCCUGCGAGCGUACAUUAGGAAACAGAUUAAUAACAUAUUUUAUAGGUUCAUUUAUGAGACUGAACAUCAUAAUGGAAUAGCAGAAUUACUGGAAAUAUUAGGCAGCAUAAUCAAUGGGUUUGCGUUACCAUUGAAAGAAGAGCACAAGAUAUUCCUGCUGAAAGUUCUGCUGCCUUUACACAAAGUCAAGUCUCUUAGUGUUUACCACCCACAGCUGGCCUACUGUGUGGUACAGUUCUUAGAGAAGGAUAGCACCCUCACAGAGCCGACGGUAAUGGCUUUGUUAAAGUAUUGGCCAAAGACCCACAGUCCGAAAGAGGUGAUGUUCCUCAACGAGCUGGAGGAGAUCCUGGACGUCAUCGAGCCCUCGGAGUUCGUCAAAGUCAUGGAGCCCCUCUUCAGACAGCUGGCCAAGUGUGUGUCCAGCCCGCACUUUCAGGUGGCAGAACGAGCUCUGUACUAUUGGAACAAUGAGUACAUCAUGAGCCUGAUCAGUGACAAUGCCGCCAAGAUCCUGCCCAUCAUGUUCCCAUCCCUCUACCGCAACUCCAAGACCCACUGGAACAAAACGAUCCACGGGUUGAUCUACAACGCUCUGAAACUCUUCAUGGAGAUGAACCAGAAGCUGUUUGAUGACUGCACCCAACAGUUCAGGGCAGAGAAAAGCAAAGAGAAAGCCAAGUGGAAAGAGAGAGAAGAAGCCUGGCUGAAGAUCGAGAAUCUCGCCAAGUCAAACCCACAGUUUCUGAUAUACAUCGACUCCAUAGACUCAGGCUCUCCGAUGGACAUGGAGACAGACGGGCCGCUGCUAGACGACGUCAACAUGCUAAAGAAAACAGUAGAGGAGGAAGCCACGCAGAUCCAAAAAGAUCAGCGUCGAGAGCGUCCACUGAUGAGGAGGAAAUCAGAACUCCCCAAGGACAUCUGCACUGUCACAGCUUUGGAGUUGCACCGGAGAGCCGAGGAAAUGUUGACGACGCACGACGGCCACUAAGAGACCACCCCAGAUCCACCAUGAAACCAGCAGCAGCAGCAUCCACAGAGGAACCACAGGCCCGCAGCGGCCAGCACAACGACAGAGCUCUGGUAUCUCUCAGCCCAGCACAACACAGAACUGAACAGCUCCACCUGACACAGAAAAUGUCUAAAGCCGCGCGUCAAAGCCCGGCCCGGCUUUUUUUGGGACACACCCACACCUCUCUCUUUUAUCCACCUGGUUAAUGUCCAGCAGAAACGUCAGUGGUGCUGGACGGUCCUGCAUGACCACGACGUGCACCGAGGCCCCGAGCUUCACCCAAGAUACUGUAGUGUUGUUAUCUCUUCUCUCCUCCCUUGUUUUCUUUCUUCUGUCCUCUGUUGUGUUUUCGGGGUGCUGUGCUGCCCCCUUCUGGUCAUUUCUCUCAGGUGUUCUGUUCUGUGUGUGAGCUGUCUUCUCUUCUUGCCUCUUUAUAGAUGUCAGGUGCUUGUACAAAUAAUAUGAGCCCCCCCCUCCCCAACCCCCC